GUUCAAGAACAUACCUCAAAUGUCAUUUGACGAUACAAGCAGAGAGCCAGAACAGGCGUUUCGUCUAAACAGGGAUCCGCGGGCUGAGCUUGAGUAUCCGACCAAGAUUGCGAGAUUCUCCAAUGUGGAGCACUUAUCAAUCCACGUAUCUCGAAAUUUUGGAGCAGAAUCCACUCGUGUGUAUUACAUUGGCCUGCGAGGAGAGUACACGGAGGCUCACAGGCACGAGGUGACAAUCUGCAACUAUGAAGCGGCAGCAAACCCAGCUGAUCACAAAGUGGAGAGCAUUACACCUCAGACACAGUUUAUAUCAUGACAGAAGGAGGAGGCCGAGGCCCGCGCGUGCUGUGUGAAGCUAUAGAGCUGUGCAAAACAGUGAGAUAAUGGACUGAUGGGGAUUUAUGCACAAGGGUUUGUUUAUCUGCAAUUCUGCUAAAGUGCCGCUUAACAUGAAGCGUAGUUACUUCAUGUAUGCUUAUCAUUCAAUAAACUAUUCUUCAGCUAA